AUGUCAGUCGAUGCAGCACCCUCGGACCUUACCAAGGUCGACUCGGCCAUCUCUGGCUUGUCAUCAUCUCCUCCUGACGAUAAGGCACCAGUAAAGGGACACCGGAGAGCGAGCUCGAGUGCAGCUGGAGUGUACAACAUUGCUGACUUGGAAAAGGAAGGCAAGGAGCUGCUAAUAGCAAAGGAGACGCAGAAGCUGAACUGGCGGCUCAACACAUCACCAGCCACGCUGGAUGAGAAAGAGGUUCUCAAGAAGUUCCUUACCGAACCUCCGGUCAAGAAGAUCGAUCUCCACUUCCCGUUAGGGCUUGAGGUCACUGCGCGGAACCUGAAGGGUGUGACCAUCAAGGAUGCAUUAGAUGCAAUCCACAAGCAGUUCAAGAAGAAGGCCGACGACGAGAUGGAACUCCCUGUCCUUGCGGGCUUCGAAUGGGACAAAGAAGAGUCGUGGACAAGGCUGAUCGUUCAUCAGAAGAAGGAAGGCCAGGCAUCCCAUGUCGGCAAGAAGAAGGGCAAGAAGGGAAAAGAGGACGACGAAUAG